UUUAUGUCAAAUAAGUUUUGCAGUAAGUUUUGAUUGAAUUCGAUUCGAACACCUGUAAACUUUCUUUCUGUUGUUUUUUACCGGUGCCUGUGUAUUUACCUAUUUGCACUUUGUUUUGUGCUGAUAACUUGUCGUUAUUUGGAGUUUGGAAUCUUCCGUUGAGUCGAGCUUUGUUCUUCCGGAUAUUCGUGUGAUUUUAUCAUCUGUGAUUGGACUCUGACUGUGUUUACUGUGUUGUGCAGAUAUUUUGAGAUAGGACUCCUGUAAAAAGUACCUUAUUAUUUGAGAUAGGAGUCCCAAGUUUGUGUUUGUUUUUGUGAAAGACAGAUUUUACAACAAAAGUGCCACGAUGUCUUCAGAUAAACUUUGUUGCGUUCCUGGUUGUAAAGGCAGUGGAGAUUGGCCAGGGACAAAACAGCGGCCCCUUUAGCACGCCACCUGAAGCGAACACGUUGAUACAAUUCAAAAGCGGAUUUUCUAAGUUUUAAAAUGUCCGAAACAAGACCCCGGGCUCUGGGAAGUUUGCAACCUUUUCCAAAGAAACUUUACGUGUUACAACACUUUUUGCAGAUAAUAACGGAAUUCGACUGAAGCGCGGACAUUUCUUUUAAUACUUUUACAGCAAGAGAGGGAAAAAGAUGGUAAAAUGGUCGAAUUAUUUGAAAACGUUAGAUGAAAAAUGGUUGGAGAAGUCACCCGAUAGAUGUCUGGAAAGAGCCAAGGGAGGUCCCGACAGUAGGACAUAACAGAUAUUAAUAUUAUAAAACAACAAUAAUACUUCUACCGUGUAAUGAUGUGAAUUCACCAAGAAUUAUGCGCCUAUUAAAAAUAAAACAGCAACAAGUUUCAACACUGCAUUUUGCUCAUUGCCGGGAGGCAGUCAAUUCUGAACGUUGCGUAACUUUGUUAGAACUGCACUCCAUAAACUUUUGCGUAAUUUCACGCUCAUUUGAUUUUAUGCACAGACUGUGUUCACUAAAACCACGCAACUGAAAUGACGCAGAUAAUUUAUUGUUAUCUACAAACUACGCCACGAAUCUCAUCAUACAACCUACCUAUUUUCAAAAUAGGCACAGCAAAAAUGUUUUAGUCAGAAAACAAGUUUUAAAAUAAUUAUUUCACAAUUUUAGUUUCUUUACAAUAUAAAAUGAUGAUAAUGAGACGUUUGACAUGAUAUUUAAAUGAGACAAAUGUAAUAGAAAUGCUGUUUCUGAAGUGCAUGACAAUUAUUUCAUUAAAUUUUGUCCACGGGGCUCAGGAAAUGGCUCCGAAAUCGACUAUGGAGAUUGACUAUUCAUUCUUGGCGGGGCAGGCUGAGAAGAACAAGCAUGAUAUUUUGAACUUCUUGAACAGAACGAGUGUGCGACAUCAAUACAAGGUCUUAUACCAGUGCCUGCUUGAGAAGAUACUCGGUGGCAAUCGUGAAGAUACUUGGAACACUCGCAGAGAAAACUUAAUGUCUGAGACCCGUCGCAUCGUGCUGGGCCACAACACCUCCAUAGCGUCCAUCCCCUGGCAGGUGUCUCUGAGAGAGAAGACCUACCCCAUCUGCGGGGGCUCCGUCGUCAGCGAUAUAUGGCUGCUGACUGCAGCCCAUUGUCUGCUCAGGGCCAGACCAAGCGACCUGAGCGUGCGCCUGGGGUCCUCAUGGAAGACCCACGGGGGGGAGAUGUAUGAUGUGAAGGAGUGCUACGUCCACCCACGAUACAUCAGCAAGUCCAAAAUCAACGAUGUGGGUCUUGUGCGGCUGUAUUCUCCACUGAGAUUCUCCAGCAAGAUACUGCCAAUCAACCUAGUGGCCAGGGAAGCCCGCCUGCUCUCUGAUGAGGUGGCCAUCGUGUCUGGUUGGGGGAAGUUGCAGGAAGCUGGUGUGAGCGCCACGUUCCUGCAAUCGACCACGAUCAGGACGAUCGCCAUGAAGCACUGUCUCCGGUCUGGCCUGGAUCGGAAGGCCAUCAACCCCCCCUCCAUGUUCUGUGCAGGGUCCUUCAAGCAACCCUCCCCAGAUGCCUGUCAGGGUGACAGCGGAGGCCCUUUAGUCAAAGACGGGUUGCUGAUAGGCGUGGUGUCCUGGGGUCUAGGCUGUGCCCGGGGCAACUUCCCCGGGGUAUACACCAGACUCUCCCAGCCCAUGAUCUGGGACUGGGUGCAGGGACAUUUGGCAAGGAAGCCAGAAAACGCUACGGUCUAACCUGAACAUCGCAAUACGUUGUUAAAAAGGACUUAUUGGAGUUAUUGGUCUAAUAAUUCCUAGAUAAUGGUGACUGUAGAGAUCUGCAAUCCAAGUUUUCAGAUCUUUUUCACUUUACUCUAAUGGACAUAAGAGAUUAGAUUGUUCUGAAAAGCCCAUUUCUGUAGAUCUGCAAAAAUAUAGAAACGUACCUUUGAAUCACGGUCUUAUUACAUGAUGGUGGUAUGCUUUUCUAUGUGACCCACUGUACAUACGUCUAUCACCUCACGGAGCAGAUAGAGCCAGCUAUCACAAGACUCACUUAUAACUUAAUGCCUUUAUAAUUUUUAGUUAUUAAUCCCUAUAAUAUUUUGAGUUCAUAAAUAUAGUCUUACAUUGUUCUAAAUAUUUCUAGAAAAGAAUAACUAAAUUAAUUGAUUUAAUUCGUAGAUCCAUAUAGUCUUAAUUUUAAUCAUAACCUGUAAAUGUAAGUUAAA